AUGCAUCGACUUUUGUCUGCAAAAAACUUGUGUCAAAACAAUCUACAUGGCAUUGCGAGUAAUACAACUACUUCUCUAAAAAAUAUAACGUUUAACCAUAUAAAAUGUUCUUUUUGUCGCAAAAUUCUCCUAAAUUCACCAAGCAUAGAAAACUUAUUUCACGCGAGACAUCAAUCUACGAAAACGGCUAACGCAUUAAAAUCUUUGAAAAAGAAAAAUAAACAUAAAAAUCCAAAAAAAUAUGGUGAACUUUUGCAAGUAAAUGAAAGUAGUAUGACAGAGCUAAAGGUAUCUAUAAACAAGUUAAAUGCAUCAUAUCUAUCAAAACUUGCUUCAAGUCCUGUAUCUUUAGGCCAGCUUCAUCAGUUAACUACAAAAUCAACAAAGAAAUCUAAUGACAUUGAAGUUGAUAAAGAAUUACUUCAGAAUAUUAGAGACAAAAUUUUGAAUAAAUCUAGUGCAGAAGUUAAAAUAGAAGAUGACAAGUGUGCUCUUAUAUUUACACACCACAAAAUUUCAUCUAUAGAACAAAGGUUUAAGACUAAACAGUAUCUUGACAUGGUGAAAGAUAGCUAUUAUAAUUUUAGGAAAACUACAAUUUAUGAUCAAAGAUUACAAGACUUGAGAUAUGCUAUAAAUGAGGGAGUAAAUCAAGAAUUUGAUAUAAAUGCUGACCCUAAGUACAUGUCUCAAGAUUUUGACUCUCAAACCUCUUCAAAAAGUCCCCAUGCAGUAUUCAGAAAGCUAUUUAUAGAUAACCAAUUAGAUAGUUAUGAUCAGGAAUUAAUGAGUCACUUAUCAAAUUUACAAAUCCAAGGAUUAUCACAAUCUGCUCUAGAAGAAAUUAGUGAUGAAGUAUACAAUAAUGAAGUUGGUGAUGUAAAGGAAGAGUUAAGUUAUGAAACUAACAUCAAAAGUUUAAAAGUGAAAAAAGCACAACAAGCAAUAAAGAAGAAAAAGAAGAAGCAACGUGAGAAACGUCGUGCUGCACAAGAAGCCAAUAUGAAGCAGGAUAUAAGAGAGUUGGAGCGACGCGGCAAAGAAGAGUCCCUGCAACGUUUACUCACUUCACAUUUACAACUCCUUUGUUCCUUGGAUAUGAUUGCAGAGGGUCAUCAGAUUCUACAGUAUUAUAGGCAGAGGGGUGCUAAGGCUUCAGACAGCCCUAAAGUUACUGAUGUCAAAGUCUACAACACCUUGUUACAUGGAUAUGCCUCAAUGGGACAACUAGAAAGUGUCAAAGAGUUAUUAUCAAUGAUGUCAGAAGACAAUAUAGAGCCCAAUGCUCAAACUUUUGCUGCCAUAUUUGAAUGUAUAGAAAGGACAAACUUGAGUGAUAAAACCUCUUUUUUGAAGUACUAUCGUGAACAGAUGCACGAAAAGAAUAUAACUCUAAAUGAUUUGUUAGAUAAAAGCAAAUUUCUAUAUGAUCAACAAGAAAUUGUAUUAAAAUCAAUUCGGAGAUUGGAGCCCAAUUUUGAGCCUCAUUAUACACCACCUCUUCUUGAUUACAACUGUCCAUUAUUGGAAACCCUCAAACUGGAAAAUAUAGAGAAUAGAAAAGGUUUACUAAUUUCACCCGCAAAGGGUCUUUUAACAACGGAGGAGUUAAAGGCCAAAGGUUUAGAACAAUUUAAAAUGGAAAUUGCUGGUGAGAUAGAGGUAAAGAAUAUUGCAGUUGCAGAAGAUGCAGAAUCCAAGAAUUUGCAAUUAUAUCGUGAAAAACUAAAAAAUGCGGAGCAAGAGUGGCGGGUUACGAUGAAAGAGGCGUUGGAGCGGAAUAUGAGCACAUUGAAAUCCCGCAGCAACGCUUCACGCUUCGCUAUCACGCUUUAUCCAUACCUUAAAGUGUUGAAGCUAGAUGACUUCGUCGAUUUAAUGAUGAGUGAAAUUAGUAAACUAGUGGAUGGAAGUGACACUUACAGCCCCACACUUAAGAUACUGCAGAGAGAUCUCGGAACACAGGUGUACAACAAAUAUCAAAUAGAGCAGUACAAGAAAAACGGUGUGUUGAAGAAAAUUGAAGAAGUAUACGAGAAAUAUUGUAAGUGGUACUUGGAGCGGCACUCGCUGGACGGCAGCGGCGCGCCCUACAACAGCAGGCAGGCUUGGCAGAUACUCGAACAUCAGUGUCGGGAGGGUGCGGCCUUGGAUUUUGAAGAAACGCCAUGGCCGAUAGAGAUGAGACAGAAUAUUGGAAAGUUUUUAUACAACAUAAUUAUUAAUGAUGUCAAAAUAGAUGUCAACAUGUUCAAACCAAAGGCUAAAGUCAAGAAGUUACCAGCGGUGUACAAGAUCCACCGUCCGUGGGGGCGGCUCGUGCGGCUGGAGCUGAAGCCGCACCCGUCGCUGGCGCGGCUGUGCGCGGCGGCGGCGCGGCCCGCACUGCGCCUGCGCGCCGCGCUCGCGCCCGCGCUGGCGCCGCCCGCGCCCUGGCGCAGCGCCACGCUCGGCGCGGGUCUGCUCACCGAUACGCCGCUUAUUAGGAUGCCUUUUUACGUGAUGGGUCAAAUGAAACGCUUAACAGAAGCUCCGCCGGGCUCCUUGUACCCGGUGCUGGACAGCCUCAACCAACUCGGCGAAGUGCCUUGGGUCAUCAACGAGGCUAUAUUGGAUUUGCAACUGAAAGUAUUCAGGUCCGGUGGUAACAAGAAGCUGGACAUCCCGCCGCCCGCGUCGUCGCUGGACGUGUCGCAGUGGGGCGGCGCGGGGGGCCUCGGGGGCGGCGCGGGGGGCCCGGGUGGCGCCGGGGACGCACUGCGCCGCCGCGUCGCCAUCAACCGCGCGCGCGCCGACAUGCACUCGCUGUGGUGCGACGCCCUGUACAAACUGUCGCUGGCUAACCACUAUAGAGAGCGCAUGUUCUGGCUGCCCCACAACAUGGACUUCCGCGGGCGCGUGUACGCGGUGGGGCCGCACGUGUCGGCGCUAGGCGCGGACGCGGCGCGCGCGCUGUUGCGCCUGGCCGCGCGCCGCCCGCUGCGCCGCACCGGCCUCGCCUGGCUCAAGCUGCACGCGGUCAACCUCACUGGCACUAAGAAGAGUUGCACUCUCGCUGAGAGACUGGAAUACGCAGACAGUAUAUUAGACAAGAUCCUGGACUCGGCGGACAAUCCCCUGGACGGCGAAGGUUGGUGGAAGGAGUCAGAGGAGCCCUGGCAAACCCUCGCCUGCUGCAUGGAGAUUGCUAAUGCCGUGAGGUCGCCAAACCCUGAAGAGUACGAGUGCGGGUUCCCGGUGCACCAGGACGGGUCGUGCAACGGGCUGCAGCACUACGCGGCGCUGGGCAGCGACGCGGCCGGCGCCGCCGCCGUCAACCUGGCGCCGCGCGCGCGCCCGCAGGACGUGUACAGCGAGGUGGCCGCUAGGGUGGAAGUGAUGCGAGCGCGCGACGCGGCGGCGGGCGUGCCGGUGGCGGCCGCGCUGGCGGGCUUCGUGCGGCGCAAGGUCAUCAAGCAGACCGUCAUGACCACGGUGUACGGCGUCACGCGCUUCGGGGCGCGCCUGCAGAUUGCGAAACAGCUCAAAGACAUCGACGACUUCCCUAAAGAGCAAGUGUGGGCGUGCUCGCAGUACCUCACGGCGCGCACCUUCGACUCGCUACGGGAGAUGUUCGCUUCCACCAAGCUCAUACAGGACUGGUUCACUGAUUGUGCCAAGGUGAUCUCUGGCGUGUGCGGCGAGAGCGUGGAGUGGGUGACGCCGCUGGGGCUGCCGGUGCUGCAGCCCUACUACCGCCACGCCGCGCCCGCCGCGCUCGCCGCCGCGCCCGUCGACCUGCAGCAACGGCCGUGCACGAUGAAGCAGCGCAACGCGUUCCCGCCCAACUUCAUACACUCGCUGGACUCCUCGCACAUGAUGCUGACCGCGCUGCGCUGCGGCGGCGCCGGCCUCGCCUUCGUCUCCGUGCACGACUGCUUCUGGACGCACCCGGACACCGUCGACCGGAUGAACCAGAUUUGCAGAGAACAAUUCGUCGCAUUACACUCGCAGCCGAUUUUAAAUGACUUAUCCAACUUCCUCGUUCAACGAUACAGCUAUCCAGACGCGGAGCUCGAGGACGGGACAGUGGGCGCCUCCAACAAGUCCCGCGUCAACGCGCUAUUGAGGAAAGUUCCCGAAAAGGGUGAUUUUGACAUUAGAAAUGUGCUCAAAUCCGUGUACUUCUUCAGU